AUGCGAUUGGGCAAGAUAUCGAUGAUCCUGGUACAACUUCUCCAUUCCGGCCUCCACUCAGAUUUUGACGUUUUUGUUGGAGAAAAGAGGAUCGGAAUUCACAAAAGCAUUGUGGCUUUCAAGUAUGAUCUUCUUUCUUGUUGAUUGUAUUGGCCGAAAAAUGGCUAUAGAAAAAUCCUCUAGCAGCUUUUUUUCUUGAAAUGGAAACCUGAGCUUGUACAGCAGACAAAGGAGGGCUCCCUGUAGAGGUGAAAUUAAGGAGGCCCCUAGAGGGGUUCAAGGUCUGACUCCUGAGCUUCUGGACCUUAAGUGGUUCCUACAGCGGUCUUUUUAAUUUUCGUGAGAUUUGAAAAAUAAGAAGAAAAAUUUUUGAUCGAUUUAGUUCUCUGUUGAUAUUUUUUUCAUUUGAAAAGCUCAAAAUUUUUGAGAUUCUAGUGGAUUAUAAAACAUUAAAAAAAUUCUGCCCUGUAGCAGCCACUAACGAAACCCCUAUAGUGGUCACUUUUACAAGUUUUAGUUGCUCCUUUAGAAAGAGGUAAAGUGGUGCUCAAAGGGGAGUCUUCAAGGGCUCCUAAGGUUGCUCCUAUAGGGACCACUCGGACGUUCGGAAGUUCACAGCCUUUUUUUGAACUUUAAAUUAUUUGGUCGCAUUUGGAAUGGCUCAAGGCGUCUUACCCCUCAGAUUUUCUUUUUUCAAUCUUCCAAUUAAACGCUUUGAGGCCUUCAUAAAAUCAUAUUACAGAUCUGAGUUCUUCGCCUCCAUGUUCAGACACACGAACACCAAGGAGAUGAUGACGGUACAAAAAACGAAAACUUAUAUAAUUUAUCGUUUCUAUUCUAGGGCCGUAUAGACAUCAUGGACGCGGAUUAUGAAGACGUCUUCGAAAUGUUCAGGUGCUUAUAAAUUCUAGACAUUAGGGCAAAAUCUGAUACAGAAAAAAAACAGAGAUAAAAAAAGAAGCGAAAGUUUUCGAGCGAAGCGAAAAUAAUUUGAAGUCUUUUCCGUCAAUAAAGUUUCAAAAAAAAUAUCAUGACUUCAUUAUUUUCUCGAGAUACGGUGAAAUGCUUUUUAAAAAAGUCAUAUAACGGUGGAAAAUAAACAAAUCUCAUUCAAAUUUCGUCACAAGGUGUGAAAUAAUUUUCUUCAAGUUUUAACGAUCUUGCAUCUAAUGCUUGCUCAUUAUUGCUCAUACUAUCCUUAUUGAUUCUGUAAAUGUGAUCUUCUAAAAAUAUAAUUUUUUCCUGAUCUGGAAAAGAAAAAUGAAACCAAGUUAAUAAAAUGAAAUUCCUUCAAUCUCGUCGCGAAACGUUCCAGUAAAAUGGAAAACUGAACUCUUCUAAUUUUCAGUCCAAAGCCUGAAAUACAAAGGCAUUAUCUGUUUGGAAUUUGUCUUCACAUACAGAUGGAUUUACAACGGACCGAUUCCGGAGGACGUGGACAAAAUCGGGAAGCUCAUGGAGCUCGCCGACCGAUUCCUUGUCGAAGAUCUUCCGAAGGCUUGCGAGGCGAAGUUGUAUGAAAAACUGAAGGCCAACAUCUACAACAACGCCUGCAAAGUGCUCAUGAUUGCUCAUCGAAUGGAUCUUAAACAUCUGCGAGAAAAGGCCAUCGUGGUAAGAUUUCCAACCGUAAUGGUUUUGCCAAAUGCUCCGGUCGCCUUAAACUUAAGACUAGCAAGUACAAAAAGGAGGAAUAAAUCUCCAAAUUUGAAAGUUCCAUUCAUUUUUUUUUUUCACUAAAUAAAGGAUAAUUUUCUUCGAAUAAAUCAACCAAAUCAUGAAAAAGUGAAAUGGUGUUUGAAAAAAAAAGGAAUUCAGGCGUAUCUUUAAUAUUUUUGUUGAAAUUAAAUAUGUUCAAUUGAAGAAGUUACUUUAAAACCGAAAAAUAUUCUAAUUAUGAAAAAAUUCAGGAAGCCAUGAAGCUAACUCUUUCCAACACUCCGGGUGGGAAAGAAAUCUUGGCUCACGAUGUGCUGCGAAAAGAAAUUGGAAUACGUCUUUUCAAAAGCUUCGAAGACAGGAUCGAAGAACUUCCUAUGGAUCUCCGGCGUCCCCUCAUAUUGAUCAAGCAAGCUUUGGAGUUGUGA